GUUUGCCUCACACACUUGCCUUCACUUCCAUCUUCACUGCCAGUACAUUUAGCUAGGGUUUCAGGUUGCUGCAAAGGAAGCCGCCAUGGCCAGUAAGAUGGUGCGCCAAGUAGCUAUCAAGUCGGACGGCGAUGUGUUCCAUGAGAUCUUCAGAGAUAGGCCUCACCAUAUCUCCAAUAUGGCUCCGGCUCACAUCCAAGGCUGUGCUUUGCAUGAAGGUGACUGGGGCAAAGUUGGCUCCAUCGUCUUCUGGAAUUAUACUCACGAUGGGAAAGAGAAGGUUGCUAAGGAGGUGAUAGAGGCAGUAGACGAGGCAAACAAGUCGGUGACAUACAAGGUGAUUGAAGGAGAUCUGAUGCAGCUGUACAAGAGCUUCGUCAUCACAGUCCACGUGGACACAAGGGGCGUCAACAACUUGGUCACAUGGACCUUCCAAUACGAGAAGCUCAAUGAUAGCGUCGAAGAUCCAAACUCACUCAUGGACUUCUGCAUUAGCGUCACCAAAGAUAUUGAGGCUCACCAUCUCAAGUAAUUAAUGUAUUUAAAUGAUGAGGCCAUGACGCCUAAUAAAUAUAUAUAUAUAUAUAUAAACAAAGGUUUGGAAGUACUGUUUGUGGAAUAAAAGCAUGCAUGAGUUUGUGGUAAAGUGAGUCUGCCCCCAAUUGAUGAACCUUUCUGUUUUGCGAGAGGGUUAGAUGAGGGGAAGAAUCAUAUUUCUGUUUUUUCGAUGCAUAAUAACACAUGCAUGUGAUUAAUGCACUUGUGUAACGCCCUUGUUUGUGUAAUUAAUGUCAAGUUGAGCACGUGUAUUUGUAUAAUUAUUUUGACUUUUGUAAUCGUAAUCUACUUGUUUAUGUGAAGUUGAGUUGAGCCUUA